AUGGAGAGAUUUAAGAAGGCUUUGAAGGAUGUAUUUGUCUGGGAUGGAAGAGAUUGCAUGUAUAUCAAGAAUGAGAAGGAGAGGGUCAGGGCUAGAUGUGCGGAGGAAAAAUGCCCAUGGUUGAUAUAUGUGGCAAGGAACUCAAAAACAAUGGCAUUUGAGAUAAAAACAUUUCACAACAAGCAUACAUAUGGAAGGGAUUAUGGAAGCAACUUGGCCGAUAGGGCAUGGGUCACAGAUAAGCUGGAAAAAAGGUUGGCAACACAGCCUAAGCUGACACCGAGGGAAGCAACGGAGCAUAUGAAACAGGACUACAAUGUUCAGGUCCAUCCAAAAAUGAUCCAAAUGGCUUUGAAAGCAGCUAGGGAAAUUGUUGUUGGGAAUGACAAGGCACAAUAUGGGAAGUUGUGGGAUUAUUUACAAGAGUUGCAUAGGAGUAACUGGUGCAUGAAAUUUGCAAUCACACUUUAUGCGUGUAGAAAUGGGUUUGUUAAGGGUUGUAGACCACUAAUAGGCCUAGAUGGAUGUUUUUUAAAGGGGUAUUAUGGAGGCCAACUCCUAACUGCAAUGUCACUUGAUGCUAACAACCAUGUCUUCGUUAUUGCAUAUGCUGUUACAAGAGCAGAAAACACAGAGAACUGGAUGUGGUUCUUAACUCGGUUUCAGGAUGAUUUGGGAGACCAUCAAGUGCACGGAUGGAAUCUCAUGUCCGACCAACAGAAGUUGACAGAGAUGCCAUAUGUCCACGCAGUUGCUGCUAUCUCUAAGUUGAGGAUCAAGGUUACCGAAGACUUUGUGAGCCCUUAUCUCACUAUAGAUGCUGUAAGGAAAACAUAUGACUUGUGUGUAAAUCCAGUGAACAGCAAAGAAUUUUGGGAGAAGACAGACCAUCCAAAGCCACAACCCCCCAGGAUAGUAAGACCAGCUGGUCGUCCAAAGAAACACAGGACUGAAUCCGGUGCACCCCUCCCCCUCCAGUGA